AUGGACGUAAAGGUAUCUAUAGGGGACAAGGACAUCAAGGAGGAGGUCAAGAAGGAUGAAAUGGACUCUUUGGAGGAAGAAGAAAUCUGGAGGAUUCGACGGGAGAGGAUAAAAAAUGCUCUGACGGCUGCAAGAGCCGCUGCGCGACAAGAACCAGCAGAUUUGUAUGCAGCUGCUAGCAGACUGGUGGAUGUUAUCAAACGUGCCGAUGUGGAAGAGUUCAUUUCCGAGAUUGAAAGGCUUGCCGAUCAAACAGAUCCGUCCGCCACUAUCAUUUUCCAGGGGCUUCCGAGGGGUUCACUACUGCACAUUGCAGUACUCGAAGGCAAGGGCGACAUCCUAAGGCUCCUGCUUGACAAUGUCCAUGACCACUUCGUUGCCACCCAAGAUGAUUGGGGAAAUACCCCCCUCCACAUCGCCACUAAGGCCAAGGAAAUUAAAUUCAUCGAUAUGUUGAUUGGCCGGGUAAAAGACCUCCCGAAUGUCGAGGACAAGCUCCUCCUGAGGAUAAAGAACAAACAUGGAAACACCGCUUUGCACGAGGCCGUGCUUACAUGUGACGUUGACCUGGUGAAGCGUUUGUUGGGGGAAGAUCCGGAGCCCGUGUACUUGAAGAAUGAGGAUCAGAAAUCUCCCCUCUACUUGGCCCUUGAAACCCGCAACCAAGAGAUAUUUCCGAUUUUAUUUUCACUCCCACUUGACCCGUCGAGGAUAGAAGGCUUGCCGCCCGUUCAUGGUGCUGUUGCACAUGCACAAUAUGAGUCACUCAAGAUACUCAAAACGAACAUGAAGCUUUUCGCAAUGAGAGACUCUGGAGGUGGUAAUGUAUUCCAUUUAGCAGCUUUCUGGAAUGUGCCCCAAGUAUUCGAACUCUUACAACCAGAAACCAAAUAUUUGGCUCGAGAACAGGACAACAAUGGAGAUCUUCCCAUUCAUAUUGCGAGCAAGGGGGGUCAUGUUGCACUAAUCAAGAAGCUAUAUCCCGUGUCACAGUGGGUAAAUGGGCAAGGACAAACCAUUCUUCACAUAGCAGCAAAAUACGGGAGAGAAAAUGUAGUGAGAUAUAUACUCAGACAUCCUGAUCUGGGGGAGAUGAUAAAUGAAAGAGAUCAUGAUGGAAAUACACCUUCACACUUGGCAGCGAAGUAUUUACAACCUGCCGCUUUGCUUAAUCUUGUGGUGGAUAAAAGAAUGAAACCCUCCCUUCUCAACCACAAAAACUUGUCUGUUGUCGACAGUGCUCCAGAUCACCCACGACAUGGGUUUCGGCCGGGUUGGGCACGCAUUCUGUUAUUAAGCGUGUCAGCUAAGAGACCAGAUCUACUCAUACUUAAGCCGGAAGCUCGAGACAAAGCAGAGGAAACCUUAGCAAGUGUGGUAAACCUUAGCAGAAUGAGGGAAGAUAUCAAUACCCUGUUGUUGGUGGCAACGCUUGUGACCACUGUGACUUUCGCAGCUGGUUUUGCAGUUCCUGGAGGAUUGAAUAGCUCAGACAUGGCAUCCAAAGAUGACAGGGGCAUGGCUACGAUGCUGGACAAUCGAAUGUUCCAGCACUUCGUGAUUUACAACACCAUCGCGAUGUUUUGCUCAAUGACCUCAGUCGUUUGCUUCAUGUUUGCAUACCUGAGCGAAGUCCACGUAUCAAUAUUCGCGUGCCUGACUGCAUAUGUGCUACUAGCAUGUUCACUCCCGGCAAUGUCUGCCGCUUUCUUAAUUGGUGUCACCUUGACCGUUGGCAAACUCUCUUGGCUUGCCACCAAGAUAUCAUUGUGCGGACAUAUUUUCAUCGUCAUCAUCACAGGUGCUUUAUCUUCGCCGGUGGUUAAUGCAUUAGGAGUCUCUGUCUUCCUUCUCCCCUGCCUUCGUCCUAUCCGUCCUCUGAUGUCCUUGUUUAUUCUCGCUUGCUUUAAAUUUUUAAAUGUUGAGACGACGAUCAUUUCGGAUGACGCAAAAGAAGACAGGACGGGGAGCAAGACCUCUGCUGGUCCACCUCUGGGUGGUGGUGGUGAAGAUUGCUAAAGUAUCUAAUUUCAACCAUCUCUUCCUUGGUGGAUUUGGCUCAUUCUAUAGUUGCUUUACUGUUGCAUUACAUUAACGCUGAUUGCUAAAGUAUCUAAUU